AUGGCCUACUUCUCAUUCGGCUGUAGCAUCAUCGUCAGCGAUCCCAUUACACUGUUCCUCACCGCCGACGGUGCCGACGCGCGCCGUGACUUCACGUACACUGAUGACGUUGUCAGGGGCUGCCUCAGCGCGCUCAACAUGGCCGGCAAGAGCACGGGCUCCAAGUCCGGCAAGAAGCGUAGGCCUGCGCCGCUCUACGUGUACAAGCUCGGCAACACCUCGCCGGUGGGCGUCACCCGCAUGGUCGCCAUCCUCGAGAAGCUCCUUGGCAAGAAGGUGCACAGACGCAUCGUCACGAUGCCGACCAACGGCGGUGUGCCUUUCGCACACGCAAAUGUUUGCCACGCCGCUCGCGACUUCAGCUACCGCCCCGCCACCUCGCUCGAGGUUGGCCUCUGCCGUUUCGUCGACUGGUUCAUGUAG